AUGUUUGCGAUCCGCUCGAGGCGGAAGACCGUGACGGAGAAGGACAUGAUCGACGCCGUCAACAAGGUGAUCAAGGGCUACUCCAAGUUCUCGGCGACGCCAAAGGAGGGAGAUGGACGCUACCCAACGCUGCCAAAGGAGAAACUCCAGAAAUAG